UAACGAUAACCACAUGUGGUAUACAAGUAAGUAACAUUACUACACAAAUAACUCCCCUACAAAUUCCAGUGCAUUGAAUGAUUUGGGAGCAUUGGUGGUUGCUGCUCUGCGCUCUGCCACUGAGCAAGAGCGACAAUGAAGCAAGUUUUUUCUCACGACACUGCAGCGUCGCUGGCGCUGACGUGGUCUGCUCCUGCCAUGGUAACCCAGAGCUCACGAUCCAUGGACUACAAUCCUGGCUGCCGGAGGGCUGCUCGACCUUAACAGUCACGGAUUGUCGUCAGUCGCGAGUUCGUUUUGCAGGCUCAGGCGAAGAAACAAUUAUUCACCACUUACAGCAAAUGACGUUUAGUGAUAUACACGAGCUUAUCAUUGAUAAAAGCAGUGUAGAUUUUGACGUGCGCCACUCGGGAGUGUUUAUCAUGACCGUGCUUCGCGUGACGCAGCUCACGCUCUCUAGAGGAUCCAUCCGUCUCUCUGGCGCCGCCAGCGCUGUCGUCUUCAGCGAUGUGUGGUCGACAGCUCUGCCCUCUUUCUCCAUAGAGUCAACAAGCCUGAAACUCCUCAGACUAAACGGUGUGAGGUUCACGGGGUUGGUUGCUGCCUCCGCUGUCAUUUUGCAGUCACCGGGAGCGGUUGUGGAGGUAAUAGAAGUGGACGGUCAUGUUGGCUUCCAAGCCGGGUGGGUUCAUGGAAGAAUAUCUAGCCUCGUUAUCAGACGCAGCAAACUAGCGCUCUAUCCUGGAGCUUUCAACAGGCUCAACUUUGUCGAUAUCUUCGUCCAGUCAAUCAGCCUGCAUGAUAACGUCUUUUGGUUCCACGAAAACAUCAUUUUGGGGCCCAACUUAUCAAAAGAACACGAAGAAAGCAACAUGUGGGUGAAUGCGAGUGGGAACACAAUAUCGUGUUCGACUGUUACUCAUGGAAAUAAGACUACAGUCUCCAAGCUGACGUGUAUUUUUUACGCAUCCAGCAGCUGUUUAGAACCCGACGAAGUUCUUCUCGUGCCCAGCGUUUGCCGAGUUAACGAAACGGUCGUCACUGAAGAACCGCCGGCCAACGCCACGCGGUCACGUCACGAGUUUGUCUACAGCAUCUCGCUCUAAAAUAAUGAUAAGUA